CCUGGCAAGGCAGAGAGAAGGCAGAGUGAGAAAAUAGUAAUUCUGCUCUAAGCAUCCCAGCCUAGUAGCCAUCAGCCUAGACGUGACACUCAGCAUCUCAGUCGCCAACAAACACAGCUGCUGUAUCAAGGCCAGAGAGAGCUCUCCAGAUGCCUGUGACCCCCAGGACCCUGCUGAGCUGCGAGGCACCAGUGCCUCCCUUCCUUUUGGGAGCAGUGUGGACCCCAUCUACCAUCCCAGCUCCUCAGGUUCAGCCAGCCCUGCAGCUUCCCACAGAAGGACGGGAGACCUCCGUCUUGCCCUAGGAAGUCAGGCUUUUUUCUCGGCCCUUGGUGUCCACUGUUAUAUGGCCAUUGCCAGGGAGAGAGCCACUGAAGCAAGGCCCAGACCAGCUGCAAAGCUAACAAGCAUGACUUACUCUGACACAAGAGCCUGUCUGUAGUCAACCGGGAAGCGAGACUCUCUCCAGAGGGGCGUAUCCCCAUUUAGAAGGAGCUUCUCUGACUUAUGAUGUUUUUUGGUUUUGGAGACAAGGUCUCACGUAGCCCAGGUUGGCCUCCAACUCACUAAUUAGUCAUGGUGACAUCGACUGACCUCUACUUUUGUGACCUGAUUACUUGGAAAAUUCUGAGCUGGGAAUAUAGCCCAGUGGUCAUGUGCUCACUUAGGACAUAUGAAGCUAUAGUUUCAACUCAGAGUUCUACAUAAAAGAACAAACAGGAACUUUAAGAGGGGCUAGGGAUUGGGCUGAGAUAUGGCUCAGUGGUUAAGAGCACUGACUGGUUGGGGAUUUAGCUCAGUGGUAGAGCGCUUGCCUAGCAAGCGCAAGGCCCUGGGUUCGGUCCCAGCUCCGAAAAAAAGAAAAAAGAAGAAAAAUAAAUAAAUAAAUAAAUAAAUAAAUAAAUAAAUAAAUAAAAGAAAGACAGGGUUUUUCUAUGUAGCCUGGCUAUCCUGGAACUCACUCUGUAGCCUAGGCUGGCUUCAAACCGUCUCUGCCCCCAAAGUGCUUAGACUAUAGGCAUGUUCCAUCAGCACCCAGCUAAAUAAGAACUUUCUAAAGAAGCAUUGGUGUUACAGCUCCGUGGUAGAGUGUCAACUUAGGAUGCUGUUUCAGUCUCCACUACCAAUAAGUGAAAAAAUAAAUAUUGAAUUGUGUUCUUUAAAAAGAUCAGUUUUGUGCUGUGCAAACUAAAUAGUAUGGUUGGUACCACAGUUAGUGCUGGUGACCUGUUAGCCCCUCACCAGCCUGGAGACUUAUAAUUUAGAAAAUAAAUUUAGAAAAAAGUAAAAGCCGGGGGCUGGAGAGAUGGCUCGGCAGUGAAGAAUGAUGGUUAUUACUGCAGAAGAUCUACCUGGGUUCGAUUAACAGAACUCAGAACCAUCACACCAAGGUAGCAGGGGAUCUGACUCCCUCCUCUGGCCUUCACAGGCACCAGACAUGCACAUGGUACACUGACAUACAUAGGUGUAAGAAAGCAAGACAACCACAUACAUAAAAUGAAAAUAAAAAGUAAAAACCAUCUUUUCCUUUCCGCUCGGCCGUUCUCCUGUACAGGAGGCAGCCAUGGCGCCCAGCCGGAAUGGCAUGAUCCUGAAGCCCCACUUUCACAAGGACUGGCAGCAGCGAGUGGACACGUGGUUCAACCAGCCGGCCCGCAAGAUCCGCAGACGCAAGGCCCGGCAGGCGAAAGCGCGCCGCAUCGCCCCUCGCCCCGCGUCCGGUCCCAUCAGGCCCAUCGUGAGGUGCCCUACAGUUAGAUACCACACCAAGGUCCGGGCUGGCAGGGGCUUCAGCCUGGAGGAGCUCAGGGUGGCUGGUAUCCACAAGAAAAUGGCACGCACCAUCGGCAUCUCCGUGGACCCAAGGAGGCGAAACAAAUCCACGGAGUCACUGCAGGCCAACGUGCAGCGCCUGAAGGAGUACCGCUCCAAGCUCAUACUUUUCCCCAGGAAGCCUUCUGCUCCGAAGAAGGGAGACAGUUCUGCUGAAGAACUUAAAUUGGCCACGCAGCUAACAGGACCUGUGAUGCCCAUCCGGAAUGUGUACAAAAAGGAGAAGGCCAGAGCCAUCACGGAAGAGGAGAAGAACUUUAAGGCUUUCGCCAGCCUUCGCAUGGCCUGAGCCAAUGCCCGGCUCUUCGGCAUCCGAGCAAAGAGGGCGAAAGAAGCCGCAGAGCAAGACGUUGAGAAGAAGAAGUAAUGCGCGGCUGGAGAGUUGUAAUAAAUUUUCCAUAAAGCAAAAAAAAAAAAAAAAAAAAAAAAAAAAAAAAAGUAAAAA